UGAGCGUUCGCGUUCGCAGCAUUCCCAACGUUGGCUUGGUGAUGCUCCAGCGUGUAACUUGAACCAUCCUCCGAGCGCUGAUCACUCCUGGCCUACCUACUCUGACAUGCGCCGAUAACACGCGCGAGCAACCUUCCAACAUGUCGACCCGGCAUGCGCGUCUUCACAAACGAGGAUACUCCGCCUCAGCUGCUACGAGCCCGCGCCCUCUGAGCCCCGUUGCUGACUACGACGCCUUUACCUUUAAUCGUUCGGAAACACCCAAGGUCUUCGAAGAGUCUUGGAUAGAGACACAACGCCCCAUGCCGUCCACGACUUCCUCCCACCAGCUCAAGAUCAAGCCCUACCUGCGCAAGCUCUCGUCCAAGGAGAGCAGUGGGCUCGAUCUAUCACGACCUGCGGCCGAGAACGACCUCUCCGGUCUGGGCAUUUCAGAAUAUGGCGCCUACUCACGGUCCAUAUCCGACGUUACUUUUUCCCCAGUCAACGGCCGCCACAGACACAACCGCUCAACGUCCAACACGUCGCAGUUUUCCUCUUCCUCUGGGCUGCAGCGGCCGACACCCCUGCCGGCCAUUCGCCAGACUCCGCAGCCCUACACACCGCCAAUAGCCCACUCGUCACCGCCCUCAGUCCUGGGAAGCGACCACGAGGGUGAUGAUAUCAUGUCCGACGAUGAGUUCCGCCUGAGACAGAACGCGUACGAACCAGGACGCAGAUCCGGUUCCAUCUCCUCGGCACAGGGAACAUCCCUACGCAUCCACACCAACAAUUCAUCCACCCGCCUUGCUGGCAGCUACUCCCAGUCAUCCGUCUCGCUCACUUCCCCAGUCGGAGUACCUCGCGCGCGGGGUGAUACGCUCAAAUCCAUUGACACGACUUCACCCAGCUCGCGCACCUCGUUUGACCAGACAUACCGCUUCAUCCGCGGCGGACGCGACUCCCCCGUUGACCCUGCCUCGAGAGCUGCGUCCAUCCGUGCUGCGCGACAGAAGUUCGAAGAGGAACAGCGAGCCAAAGAGCGGAAGUACGAGAAAGAGGCGCACAAGCAACAGGAGCGCGACUUCAAGAAACAACAGAAGAAAGAAGAUCACCACCGUCGCAAGUCAGAAACGCUCGAUCGGACUGAGAUAAACCGUACGCGCACUGUAUCUACUGAUUAUGAGAAGACGCCACGGCCCUCGGUGGGAGGCCGCCCUUCAGUGGGUGGGCGCCAGUACUCAGACCAUCGCGAGGCUCACUCCAACUCGCUGCCGAAGCUUGUGACUACGGUCGACCCCGAGAAAGCAGCCGCCUUCUCCGCCACACCCAAGGUUACAAAGAGCCGAGCCGCAAAGGGCACAUGGCAACGAUUCGUCAUCUGGCUCAAGACUCGACUGCUGCGCAUGUCGGGGAAGUAGGUUACAUGCACCGCCACAUGAGUAGUAGUUGCAUACAACCUCGACGCGUAAGCGGUCGGCUGAGGUGCCACGCCACCGUCUUUCUACCCCUCGAUGCUCUACAUACCCCUCUCACUUGACCCGGCACUUGAGCAGAUUGGUUUCGCAUCUUAUCCUUAUACCCGAUUCAUUCUUGCAUAUUCUUUACUUGUUUUUAGCAUGGCGUUCGGUUUGGGAUAACGGCCUUUUUCAUGAUACAUGCUUCUCCCAUGCUUAUGCUGUAUAUCCUGCGAGCAUCUCUAGGGACACGGCUCUUACCUUUGGGCGCAUUGAUAGAGAUCUGCUUUGGUUAUCGCUCUUUUUUUGGUCCAUCUUUAUCACUCAGUUGACAGGCGUUGGAUAGUUUCCCCAAGACCGACACCGCGUGGCGGUAUUUUGGGUUCCUUUG